AUGGUCGUCGAUCCUGGUGCCUCGUCCAUCAAUGUCACAGUCCGAGUGCGACCUUUCACCAUUCGUGAAGCGGCGCAAUUGACGCGGACCGAUGAAGGCACCCUCUUCCUCGGCGACGGCUCGCUGGCCGCUGCCCCCACACCCAAGCUCAACACGAGGGGCAUCCGACCUGUGAUCAAGGUCGUCGAUGACCGAUGCCUAGUAUUUGAUCCUCCCGAAGACAACCCCGUCCAGAGGUUCUCCAGAUCCGUCGUGCCCAACGGCAAGAAGGUCAAGGACCAAGUCUUCGCCUUUGACAGGAUCUUCGACGACAAUGCCACGCAAAACGAUGUGUACGAAGCAACAACACGGACCCUGCUCGACAGCGUCCUCGACGGCUACAACGCCACCGUGUUCGCCUACGGCGCAACCGGCUGCGGCAAGACGCACACCAUCACCGGCACCUCGCAGCACCCUGGCAUCAUCUUCCUGACCAUGCAGGAGCUCUUCGAGAAGAUCGCCGACCGCAGCCAGGAAAAGACGACCGAGGUCACCCUCUCUUACCUCGAAAUCUACAACGAGACGAUUCGCGACCUGCUCGUCCCCGGUGGCAGCAAGCAGGGAUUGAUGCUGCGAGAGGACUCGAACCAGGCCGUUUCUGUCGCUGGCCUGACGAGCCAUCGCCCCAAGGAUGUGCAGGAGGUUAUGGACAUGAUCGUCAGGGGUAACGAGUUCCGCACCGUCUCGCCGACCGAGGCCAACGCCACAUCGUCCCGCUCCCACGCUGUCCUGCAAAUCAACGUCGCCCAAAAAGACCGCAACGCCGACGUCAACGAGCCGCACACCAUGGCCACCCUCAGCAUCAUCGAUCUGGCCGGCAGCGAGCGUGCGAGUGCCACCAAGAACCGCGGCGAGCGCCUGCUCGAGGGUGCCAAUAUCAACAAGUCGCUGCUCGCGCUCGGAAGCUGCAUCAAUGCUCUCUGCGAUCCCCGGAAGAAGAACCACGUACCCUACCGGAACAGCAAGCUGACGCGUCUGCUGAAGUUCUCCCUCGGCGGAAACUGCAAGACGGUCAUGAUUGUGUGCGUCAGCCCCUCGAGCGUGCACUUUGACGAAACGCAAAACACGCUGCGCUACGCCAACCGCGCCAAGAAUAUCCAGACCAAGGUCACGCGCAAUGUCUUCAACGUCAACCGCCACGUCAAGGACUUCUUGGUCAAGAUCGACGAGCAGAUGGCCCUCAUCAACGAGCUCAAGGCGCAACAAAAGGACGCCGAACAAGUCUCGUUCGCCAAGUUCCGCAAGCAGCAGGAUCGCCGAGACGCCAUCGCCCGCGAGGGCAUCCAGCGCAUCCGCGUCGCCUACGACAACUCUGCCGGCGAGCGACAGGAAAAGCUGAACAACAUGAAGAAGCUCAGAAGCUUCGAGCGUCGCAUCGGCCUGCUCUCAAGCUGGCUCGCAUCGUUCGAUGCCAUCUGCGAUGCCCGUGGCGACGAGGACAUGAUGCCUUCUAACCUCGUCUCCAUCCGCAAGACGGCCAGCGGUAUCCUGUCCGAGCUCGAACACAGCAGGCACCACAUGAUCCAGAAGCUCGACAAGUUCAACUGGGAGCGCGCUCUCGACACAGCCCUGCACCACAGCAUCCAGCAGCUGCCCGGGGACGGCUCCGCCGACUGCGGCGAGGUGGCGAACCUGUCGCGUGAGGUCGAGGUCCUCAAGGCGAGUUUCGGUCGCGAGUCGUACCGUGACGUGUUGGACUUUGACAAGACGGCCGACGCCUCCAUGGUGCAGGUGCUUCUGACUGCCCAGUUUGACAUGCUAGCAUCCCUAUCCGAGACGCUGGCGAUGAAGGAGGAGGACGCUGUCUCCCAUGCCAAGUCCAUCAUCCACCGUUUGCUCGAGGUCGGUUACACGGCAGCGUCCCAUGUCGUCAAGCCCGACGGCUCUUGCAUCCCCGUCGAGAAGUUUUCCCCCAGCAAGCGAGGCACACCCAAGCGAAAGAAGGCCGCUGCCGUCGGCAACAUCCAGCCCAUUGCCGCGCCUCUCCUGUCCGUGGCCGACGCGCCGGUGCUCACACAGCCGAUUGCUGCUGCUUCGCCGAUGAAGACGUCGCCCCGCCGGCGCAAGCCCAUCAACGCUCGGAAGGGCGUUUCGUUCACGCCUGUGAAGAAGAAGGCGGCUUCGCAGCGGUCGGUUCGGUGGAGGGAUGACGAGUCCGAGGAUGGAACUCUGGCCGACUUUGACAAGACGCCCAAGAAGUACGAAUCGACUCCGGAACAGAACUCGCCCGACAAGGCGCUUCCUCUGCCACCCAUGCCCGCCAUGUCGUCCCUGCCGGCCAUGCCCACUCUGCCAAUCUACUUGGAAACCACCAAGGAGGAGCCUGAGCCAGCCUCGGAGGACUCAAGCCCGUCUCUCGAGCUUCCCGAGACGUCAACUCUCGUGCCGGCCAAGCCUAACAGGUUCCAAGCCGGAUUUCUGUCCAAGGGAAAUGCGCGGGUCUCGUCCAUUGCAGCGGCUCUCCGAGCCUGCCGACGCCGACGUUCUCGGUGA